AUGGCUUCGAACUAUGGUGACCCAGAUACCCGGAUGGGUGGAGGGCCAGGCCCAUACGGCAAUCAUAAUGGCACACCACCCGCGCAACAACAGCACCAGGACCUUACCGAUCCCGACCUUCAGCUGCAGGAAAAGCUUCAGCAGUUCAGCAACCAAGUCAUGCAUUCAGGCCCUCAGCAACACCAAUACCAGCAGCCAGCUCCAAUGGCCCCCUUGCAGGGCGCGCAUCCGCAUUUCCAACCGCAGCAACGACCGACGCAUUCGCCGCAACAGAUGGCGCACGUUGCAAUGAGCUUGGGAGAACAUACCGAACAAUUUGACCCCAACGACCCCAACCGAAAACGCUCAAAGGUGUCUCGAGCUUGCGACGAAUGCCGGCGCAAGAAGAUCCGCUGCGAUGCGACUAGCGAAAAUGGACCGGAAGCUUGCUCGAGCUGCAAGAGGACUGGAGCCAGGUGCCAGUUCAGUCGACAACCCAUGAAGCGUGGUCCUAGCAAAGGCUACAUCAAGGAGUUGGCAGACCGUCUUAACUCUCUCGAGAGCCAAAUUCAGCAACCGCAAGGCCAGCAGUUCGACCUCCAGAAUCUCACAGAGCAGAACUUUGCCGAUAUUCAGAGCCCGCCCCAAUUCCAUCGGAAACGCACACAUAGCAUGUCAGAGGGAUUCCAAGAUGCUUUCGGCCGGUCAAGCUGGUCCGGUCAGGACCGCGGUAACAACCACCCGCUCGAGCACGCCAUGCUCUCUCUGCUAACGAGUCAAGAAACACCGCUGAAUGGCGAUCGUCGUACCUCGUUCGGUGACAUGACCCUGGCUGGUAAUCUCAUCACAGGUUCUCACGAAGGGACGUUGAAAGCGUACUACAAUCUGAUCCACCCUACACUACCAGUAUUGCCGCAUGACUCAAACUCUUUGAAUCGCCUUUCGAAUUGUCCGCCAAAACUACGCGAGGCCUUCUUCCUCUCGCUCGACGUGUGUGUCCGAUCGUUUGCGCCCAGGGCAUUACCACAGAAUGACACAAGCGUGACCCAACUUUUACAUCAGACUUUCGCUUCAGUCGAUGUCGCGAAACUCGUACUCGGCGAUUCGGACCCGUCACGGCAAUUUUACAACAAUUUAGUUUACUGCCAGUCUCUAUUACUGCUUGCACUGGCAUCAGACAAGCCUGGUCCUGGAACCGUGGGAAGCAUCUCACAGUUGCUCGGCCAGAUUGCAGGGUGCAUCACUGAAGCCGGGUUCAACGACACUCGUGUUCUGACCUCACUGAAAGAACAUGAUCAAGACGCCUUUCAGGGUGCACGCCGUGUCUUCUGGUCUGCGCUCAUCUUAGACCGGUUCCAUGCUUCAAGCCGGUCAAAAGACAUAAUGUUGCCCCUGCACUCGGGCUCAUUAACCCGUGAUGAUUAUGCGGCACUGGGCGAUCUUGGCUACCACCUUGCCCGCGGUGCCAAGAUUGUAGGACAGGUGGCUGCUGUGAACCGUGCAGGCAGUGUACCGAGCAUAGAGCCUUCUUCGCCAUUCGCGUCUCUUCCUCUGGCUGCUGCUUCACCAGAGGCCAUCUACCUGAAUGGUCAACUGACAGGCUAUCAAGAGUCGAUUGACAUCACCGAUCUGACGGAUAAUUCGCCUCCUCAUCUCGCAUAUCACUACAUGCGCGUCUUUGUAGGACGCCUUUCAUCUCGGAACAUACUCUCGACUGAACUGCUCGGCCUUACCAAGGAACUGCUGAGGAAUCUGUCCAAUGGAACCAUCACGCCUAUCCACCAUAUAUGCGCCAGCCUAGUCGCAACCUCAUUGGUCGAGCUCUCCGAUAUAAUUGAGACUCAAGUCGAAGCGCACGCUGCGAUGAAGGAGAUGAGCGACGCCCUCAACAACGGACAGAUCAUCCAUCGCAGUUUGGACCACGCUGGUUGGGAUGCGGCAAUACGUGAAAUCCUGCAUCAGAAGCAGGCACCUAGCCCAAUAGCCAACGCAGUCCAGGAACAGACACCUUCUGCACCCGAGCCCAACAUGGCCGGUCUUCAGCACCUUGCCGCCGCCGCCGUUGGUGAGCGUGAAGGAACUGAACCCCGCCCAGUCAGCAGCGGAGGCAACGGCGCGCAGAGUCAGAACCACGAAUCUUCAUUGGCCAACACCGAGCACGAUCUGUCGGCGGCAAUGGCAGCCGCAAGUGAUGCUGCGAUGGCACAAGCUACAGCGGCUGCUGCACAGCAACAACUGACAGCGUCAUCGCCGAGCGCUAAGAACGGGAAUAAUUUUGAAUCGAGUGCGUUGAAGCAAGAUGACUUCAUGGCGUCGCUUUCCUGA